AUGCACAACCGGCAUGUUAAUUAUACUAGUUGGAAAAUCCAGGUUGAAAUUAUUCAAUUAUGCGCCGAUGAAGUUAAUGAAAUUAUUGUAAAUGAGGAUUCUUCUGUUGGAUUUUUUGCUCUGAUGUGUGAUGAAGCAAGAUGCCAUAAAGAAGAGAAAUUAUCUAUAUGUAUUAGAUACACAGUUGAGUUAAAUAUUCAUGAACGGUUUUUAGGGUUUGUUGAUGUGUCUAGUGGUCAAAAGGCAGACCAGAUUGUAACAACCAUAUUUGAAUUUUUUAAAAAACAAAAAAAUAGUCUACAACAUGUAAAUAUUGUAGCACAGUCAUAUGACGGUGCCAGUGUAAUGUCUGGUCACUUAAAUGGUGUACAAACUAAAAUAAAAGAGCACCUACCAACUGCCGUUUACAUACAUUGUAUGGCACACCGUUUAAAUUUAGUUGUUGUGGAUGUAUGUACAUCAAUUAAGGUAUAA